ACACUCAAGUUCAGAUUGGGUGCAGCUAAAGUACUGGCACCGCAGUACGAGACGCGUGAUUUCCCUGGAACUGUAUUUCACAAGGUGAGAUUAUAGCCUUUGUUUACUGUUCAGCGAAGCGUGAAUGAUUCAUUCGAAGUGGCAGAUGAAGUGUCGCUUGUGCAUGCCCUAGUUCAGCCUUUCUUUGAAGCUAACACAAAGUUAGUUUUUUGUGGUGUAUAAAUGUUGAAUCCUGCGUGUUCAGCUGUUAGAACUGUAAAAAAUACUAAUUUUUCUGUGAAAAUCACUACCUCGAAAAAAGAAUUGAAUUCAAUGUAAGUGCAGCAGAAGUGUAUUUCUGGAAACUGACCAUCCACUUCAACCUUUCAGACAAGAAAUGGACCUAGAUGAGGAAGAUGAGCUUCUCGAUGCUGCAAUACAACUGAGCAUUGAGGAAUCCUGCAAAGAAAUCGCCUCCCUCGGAAGUGUGGAACACCAAAAAGUUUUGGAUGCAAUAUUCCGAGGUGACCUCUUUGCUCUGCAGGAUUUGUCAGAUUAUCCUGCUGCAUUCACUGAGAUGGAUACCAAGGGGUGGUAUCCAAUCCAUAGAGCUGCUAUCCAGCAGUCAGUGCAGGUGCUGGAGAUGGUACUUUAUGCUUCUUACAGGUUGAGUUUAGAGGAGGAAACCACAGAUGGAGAAACCCCAUUGAUUUUGGCGAUUAAAGCUGGGCUGGAAGACAAUGUUAGGACUCUGCUGGAACAUGGAGCUUCACCAAACAGGAUCAACAGCAAAAAUGAAUCUCCUUUACUAUUGGCUGUACGAACAGAUUCAUUUGAAAUCGCCUUUACACUUCUAUCACGAGGGGCGUCUGUGAACCAAGUCUGUCCUAAAAAGUGGACGGCCGUUCAUGAGGCGGCCAAGGUGGGCUGCACUGAUAUCCUCACGCUCCUGCUGCAACAUGGAGGAGACGUUUUGGAGACAAACGAGCACGGAGUGACGGCCAUAGGGAUUGCUGCAGAGUAUGCACAAGCAGAAGCAAUGGACAUUCUUAUUCACUAUGGUGCUGAUGUAAAUGCUCAGGCACCAAAUGGAGACAGCGUAUUAUAUGACGCUGCUGGUUCUGGCAAUCCGGACUGCAUUGACCUUUUACUUCAACAUGGGGCUGAUCCGAAUGUCGCUAGUCUUUCCUUACAGCUUCCAAUCCAUCGUGCAGCAUACAAUGGCCAUUACCUUGCAUUGAGAAUGUUGAUUCCAAUAACCACGAGAAGAGCACUCCGUCUAUCAGGCCAGAGCCCAGUUCAUGCAGCUGCAGAUGGAGGCCACGUCCGGUGCUUAGAGCUCCUGUUGGACAGAGGUUUCGAUGUCAAUGACCUUCUAGACCCACAAGUUUCUGAGAAAUAUGGGGACAUGCGAAGGACUGCAUUGUACUUUGCAGUCUCCAAUGGAGAUGUGACUGGCACCCAAUUGCUGUUGAAUGCUGGAGCCAAAACGGACUUGGAUCCUCUGCACUGCCUUCUAGUGGCAGUGAGAGCUGGGCGGUAUGAGGUUGUCAGGAUUCUCCUGGCCUGCCAAGCAGAUGUGAACUGUUACUUCACGGAGGUCAAUGACACGGUGUUUCCCACUGCCUUACAAUACUGCCUGAGGGAUGAGAUGAUGAUGCGGCUGCUAUUAAACAGUGGUUAUAAUGCAGACAAAUGCUUCCGUUGUCCUCAUGAUUCAACAUGGGGCCGCUCCACAGAACAGACUAGCGAGCAGAUUCCAUUUUGUGAUUUCAUCAGCGUGUCCUGGCUAGUGCAGUUUGCAGCAAGAGCUGUGCGGGUUCUCCUUGACUACGUCAAUCAUGUUCCCAUUUGCUCUAAGCUGAAAAUGGUUCUAAAGAAGCAUAAAGACUGGGCUGAGAUUUCAGAAAUAUUGGGGAACCCACGUUCACUUCAACACCUGUGCAGACUGGUCAUCAGGGGACAAAUGACCCCACAAAAGCUAGGUGACCCAGAAUACAUAAACUCAGGUCCAUUCCCACCAGGACUGAAAAGCUACUUAACAUACAAAGAAUACGAUCUGUAUGGGAGAAUCAUGUAUCAGGAAUGAUGGUCUCUUCUCAAGGUAAAUGUGAAGAAGCAAGCACUUUGAGUUUUAUUUAGAAACUAAUAUGAAGUUGACAUGACCAGAGAUUUUGCGUGUUGUAACUCAUGGGUUUAAAACACUUACAAACUUCUAUGUUAAGUGAUUUUAGCACUUUGCCAUUGAACACGGAAAUGUGAUUUUUACAUCAGGGACUUUGCCUCUUAAGCAAAGACUCUAUGAUAUUUGUGCAAUAAUAACAAAUUUCUAGCUAUUUAGAACAACAUGUUUAUAUCAGAUAAAUAAUAAACGGGAUGAUGCCUGUACUACGAAUUCA